CGGGUAAUGAAGGAGGAGGCUGUGAGAGGUCUGAUUCCACAGUUGAAGACAAAGAAGUAAAAAGUCCUGAACACUGUAACAGUUCAAGCAAUUCACAAGACCUUUGCAUGGCCUUGAGACCAAUAUACUCUGUUUUGAAAGGAACUAGCAAGAAGCAAAGUGAAUUUGAUAACUGGAGUCCUUUAAAUCACCAAGUGAACAGACUUAACACACAUCAUCCUGAACAUGGAGUUUCAACGAACAAUAAACACCAAGAAAAUGCAAACGAACGUUCAGUUGGUGAUAGUUUGGAAAAUCGGGCCAAAUCCCCUUGCUCAACGGUUCUUUAUCAGCAUAAGUGGCCUCUUCGAAAACCAUCUUGUGAUGGGCUGUAUAGCUGUGAGCAUUGUGACUUCAACAGCAAGUACCCGUCAGAGCUGAAGCAGCAUGUUAUUCUCAGGCACACAAACACUCUGCCGAACAUCUGUCCAGUUUGUAAACAUGAAUUUCUAACGUACGAUCUACUUCAUAAGCACAUGCAGAUCCAUGAAACAGAAGAGCCAAAUGCUUGCCAGUUGUGUAGCUACAGUGCAGAAAACCCGAAGGAGCUGGAGUUACACGUGGCGGAUGUCCACAGCACUGGGUAUCUGUACUGGUGUGAACAAUGCAACAUCCACUUCUGCAGUACCAGUGAGCUGCAUCUUCACUUGCAACAGCAUGAUGGCGAUGAACAGUACCUCUGCCAGUUCUGUGAGUAUGGCACAGAUGAUGCUGCUGAGCUACAUAGCCAUGUCCUUGCCGAACAUGCAUACAGCCUCAUGGAGAUGAAUGACAGCUCCGAAGAUGGACUUCAGGGACCUGCAGGCUUCUUAAGUAAAGUGAGCUUUGACCGGGAGAGAAAUUUCUUUAUCUGUCAGUCCUGCGGCUACAGGAGCCGGUUGUACGGCAAUGUAAACCGGCAUGUGGCAAUUGAGCAUGCCCGUUUUUUUCCAUACGUGUGUGAUGAUUGUGGGAAGGGAUUUUGCAACACAGCCGAAUAUAACAAACAUUUGAACUUGCACUCUUCUCAGGAGAUAUACUUGUGUCAGUACUGUGAUUAUUCUACUGAGCAAAUUGCAAACCUCCGAUCCCAUAUCGACAUAAGCCACGCUGCAGCGCUUCCAUACAAAUGCGAGAUGUGUAUGUUGAGGUUUGCAAAUGAUGGUGAUCUUAUGUGGCAUCUUGCUAAACACAAACAGAAUAAUGAGCUGCUAUGGUAUCAGGGAUAUGAUUAUUAAACAUAAUUUUAAACUUUGUUUCUGUGGCUGUGUCUUGUAGAAUUCCACGAGUGUGAAACUACAUUGUUUUUUGAUUAUUUGGAAGAUGUUCCUGUGGAAGAAUGCCAUGUAAGUCCUCACAAGCCUAUCUGUCUGACUAUAGAGAAUCCAAAGUGGCUUAACUGAGUGUGUGAAGCGUUUUCUGUUGCUGUUCUAAUUCGCCGAUUGUAGCACUGUGUGUGAUGGCUGAGAACCAAGCAAGAAAGCAUUCCAAGUUCCAACCUGUCCCAAACAUCAAUAUUUUAAAGUAGAAUGUAAACCAUGACUAUAAAUGGGGGAACUGUAACAGCACAGUCUGUGCCCUGGUACCUGAAAAGUUAAAACAGCAAAAGGUAGACCUUCCCAUUUGGGUGUUAUCUGAGAUCUGUGCACAAAUUGUUUCCAAAAUUGAAACUAGGUUUCCCUCAUGCUCCCCCUCUUCACUACCGCCUCUCUAAGUUUCUAAACUGUCUUAUUUAGCUAAUGUUUUAAAAACUUUUUUAAAAAUUUUACUUUAAGAUCGGUCCUUGAUUUAUGAAUAAUAAUCUUGUGCAACAUGAUCCAUACAGCCAACAUGGAUAUAUCACAAAUGCUUAGAAAGUGAAUUAAUGUCUAGUUCACCACCUGUGAGUAAGCAGCUUUGCAAAUAACUAAUUACCUUUAAAACAAUUGCAUUUGGUAUUUAUAAUGGUUUGCAGAAUUCAGUUUCUUAGUAAGUUUAAAAUUUUACACUCAAAGCUUUUGAAACAUGUUUGUCAGCACCUGGCACCCAAAGAGCUUUCUUAAAUUUAAAAGUCUCCAUGAAUUUUGCAAAUUAAUACUAUUAAUGGAAACUUAAUUCAAUCUGCAGAUGUGUCAGAUUUGUAACAGGGUCAGCUUCCACCACAAUGCUUUUCAAACUAGCACAGAAGAUAGCAGGAAUUUAGUUUAGAUCUGGAUUUUUUUUUUGAGUUUUCUAACUGAUUUCCAGAGAAUUUCCAGUGAAAGGCCAUUUGGUUGCACGGUGCCAGAAACUACAGACUCCUUGGCUAAAAAUCUUUUUUUUUCCUCAAGAUUAUUUUCUAAUCAUAAUUUUUGCAAUGGCAUGCUGGCGUUUUACAAGUCAUGGUUGUUGCAAGAGGACCCAAGAUAACAGGAGAGAGAGGAGAAUCUUCUGCAUUUCUAAACAGAUCAUUGAGGUAAUAUUGGCUGCAUGUGUUGUCCACAGACUAGGCUAUCCUAACCAAACUGGGUGUUGGGACAAGAACAAAUUUAGCAAAAUUACAGAGCCAAAUUAAAUUUGAAUGCAUCUCAGCAAAGGAUAAAUGUCUCAUGAUGGGGAUUCAAAGAAAACCUUACUGCGGAAAACAAUCCACAGAUCAACAAUGCUGUGCUUUUUUUCCAGACUUUCUUACAUUAAAGAUGAUUUAAUAAUGGACCAAUGGCUUGCAAUGUUUCUUGUAGGUGUACAAAGAGAUGCACUUGUACCUAUACAAGUGUACAUUAUAUAAAUAUAAAAUUAUGCUUUCUUAACACAAUUCCACUAUGUCAGAGUGCCCUUCAAGGUUGGAUGGAUGUGAUAGUAAUGUAUAUACACAGAAGAUGGUUCAUAUAUUCAGAGUGUCUAUAGUGAUUUCGUGGAUAUCACCUGAGCACUGAAAUCAGAUUUACUGACAUUUUAUAGUUCACUGACUGUUAUUUAGUAUUUAUUUUGAAGGCAUCUUAUCCAUGGGUAUGGUGCAGUAUGACGGAUCUCUUACCAGCUUUCUUGAAAGUGGUUUGGGCAAAGUAUCACUCCUUUCUUUAUAAUGUAUAUCAAUAUAAUUACGUAGGCUAUGUAGAGCUGAUUGUGCUGAAGAUCGUGUCAAUGUUAUGGAAUAAGUGACAUCAAUUUUGAAAAUUAAAAUAAACUUUGUCAGCUCAGUUGGAAAUUAUGGUUAUCUUGUUUUAUUAUAGUCAGUGCGUUUGUGUUCUUAAAUAUGCAAAAACUCAUAUUUGGAUUCUUGUUCGGCUUCUUGGAAAAGUAUCUUAAUAAUUAGCCUUGUGCAUUAAAAACUGCUUAAUAUACACAGUUAUACAUUUGAAUUGAACAGAAUGAUGCCUACUUAUAAGUCAUACUUGCUAAACUGCAAUAUUACAUUGUGGGACAGUUCCACAAUGGCUUUUCUUCUAUAUCCAAAAGUGCUCUUACAUACAAUUGACCGUUUCUUUUCCAAAUGUAUACCACUUUUAUUUUAAAUGCGGAAGUGCUUUUACACAACUGAAAAGCUUUCCUACCACCAAAUCACAGGGACCUGUUUUGUUUUUAACUAUCGACUGCCACCAUUAAAUCAUCCAUUUGGCCAAAGGAUCCCAUCAUGCCUUUGAGAAUAUUGUUUUCGUUGGGAAAACCUGGGAUUAAGUCCGAGGUCGAUCACCUAUUUUUAUGCAAGCUACAGGAUGUUUUGGAACAGCCUUAUCCAGCUCUUUGUCGGCAUAUAUUCAUUGCACAAGCAGACUCAGCAUCUAAUUGGCAUUCUGUCAAAGAGGUCAUAGAGUGGCUGGAAUCAAAGAUUACAGGAGAAACCAGGAAAAUGGGGUUGAAAAACCAAUCAGCCAUGAUUGAAUGGUGGAGCAGACUCAAUGGGCUAAAUGACCUGAUUUCUGCUCCUAUGUCUUGUGGUCUUAUAAUAGAACAUGGAUAGCUGCUCUUUUAAGAUUGAGAGAGUAGGCUUGAGGCUAUCACAGGAUACAACCAGGAGAAACUAAUUGUCAUUAAUACUGACAUCAUCUAACUUGAUAACCACAAAGUUCAAGCAAACAUUUAAUCCACGCAUUUUAACUUUUUACAUAAUGCAUUGCAGAAUAUCAAUCCAAGCCACUUUCAGAGAUUUCAAACCUAUCAUAGUUUUCACAUUUCAAACCUGGUUUGAUUGGUCAUCCAUUGUGUUUUUUCACAAAGGAUAAAGUAUUUAUAUUUAAAGGGGAAUGAAAUAUUCAAAGCUGAUAUUCAACUGUUAAUAAGACCCACAAAGAAGUGCAGUGUGUUGUUUUAUAAUACAUUAGUAUCUUUUGGUUGGGGUAAAAAGAUGCAGCAAAUUCUAUGCUGGCAAGAAGUCUGUGUACCUUGCCCCAACUCUGAAUUUCAGAUUUUAAUGUGUGCAUGUUACAAAUGUAAUUUUAUAUUGCCAAAUAUAAUUGUUUGAAAAUAUGCCAAUCUGUUAAAUGUAUCAUGAAGAAAUUAUGUAACAUUUCACACAUGCAGGUAUUUAGUGAAACCUUCACGUAAGUUCCUGUAGAAUCCUAUUUAUCUUUGUGGGAGUCAAAAAUAGUGUUUAAAGUUAUUUUUGAAGUAUUUGAUAAUGCAACGCUUAGGAUAAUUUCUACAUGCAACGUGGCUUGUCACAGUUUCUCGAUGUUUGACAAAUAAUUUUGUAUUUGCUUAUUUUUGUAUGCCUCUGAUUUUGAUGGAAUUCUCAACUUUUGUUAAAUAGAGAAUACAUUUGCAUUCUUGUAACAUUGCACAACACUGUACAAAAGUGACGUACAGCAAGUGAUGGACUGUAUUCUGGGAGUAUUUUCAGACAUUUGAAUAAUGAGAAGAAAUAAUGCUGUACUUAUGGGAACUAGUGCUAUAUUGUAAGAUAAUAGUAUUAAAAUGUAAUUUUUGCACUUUGA